AUGGUGUCCUGCUCUGACGAUGUCCGUCACAUGACGGACGAAAGCUCAACAACGAUUCAUCGAGGUCGCAGAGUGGUGUGCCGAGGACCUAAUCGUGCAAAUCUACAACCACAGCUCCAAGGCAACACCCCGCUCCCACAGCCUCCGGUGGAACCAACUUACGAAUCCCUUCCACUCGCGUCUUCAAACGAAAUGAAAGGUACUCCAAAAGGACUUCUUUGGCGUAACUGCCUGGUAAAAAUGAGGAAUCACCUCCAAAUCUAUGCUAUUCUCGACUUGUUCAGCUGA